UGUUGCACUGCACACUUCUCGUCUCUUCCUUUCCAUUGGCGAGGCCUGCGAAGAGGCAGACCUGCUUCUGGUUUAACCGUCUGACGGCGCACAGCUCCUUAGAGAUUUAGCCAGUAUAAGCGCAGAAACGUAGGCACUAUUCUGGAGCUGUAAAAAUGCAAGCUUUAUUUCAAGGAAGGAGGUGGACUGGCUUCUUUGCACAGGCAUUACCAGUAGAAUGUUAUUAUUAACAAUAUUUCAGUGACUAUUGGAUGUAAAUAACCCAGAGCUGUAAGAGUUGUCAUGAAACUGUUGACAUGCAAAGUGGAAAAAAAUCUCAAGGGUAAUAUUAUUUUCAUUCCCAAAGAAAAUAUAAAGUUGACUGUUUGAUCAGUAAUUUGCAUCACUCGGUAUUGAAAUGCAAAAUUAAUCCCAUGAGUUAAUUUUGCUUUCACCAUAAGCUGAUUAAUAUCAAUGAAAUUUUCCACAAAUUGGGGGCAGCCAGGUGUCUCAGUGGAUUGAGAGCCAGACCUAGAGGGGGGAGAUCCUGGGUUCGUCUGGCCUCAGACACUUCCUAGCUCUGUGACCCUGGGCAAGUCACUAUACCCCCAUUGCCCAGCCAGCCCUUACCACUCAUCUGCACUGGAUAUAAAAUAUGGCAUUGAUUUGAAGACAAAAGAUAAAGGUUUAAAAAAAUGUGUUUUUCCCCCUGCGUCUCUCAGUAAUGUCAGACUAGUUUAUGCAUGCCUCAGCUAAUAGAAAUUUAUUUCAAACCUCCUCCCCAUAAAUAGGUAUUAAAAUGUUUUUUCUCGUGAUUCCCCAGCACAUUCUGCGGCACCAUUCGAGGGUGCGUGCUUGUCAUUGCUAGCGACAAAAGCCCUGAUCGAGGAUCCGGGCCGCCUCUAUAGUGAUUUCUGUGCUUGAUUUUGUUUUGGGACACGAAUGGCAUUAAAGACAUGGGAUCAUGGUGUCACUCUGCAUCAUCUAAGUAAGCCGAGGAUAGGAAGGAGUUCGAAUAGGUAAGGCCGUGAUGGUAACGCCACAUGCUUCGGCCUCUAUUUCAAACUUAAAAUGUCAAUGAAAGCAAUGCCAUCAAAUUCAGGCAGCGGAACCAGAGAGGAUCUUGGCGUCAGCUUCAUCUCCCCCAGCCUGCAUUUUACAGCUGAGAAAUCCGAAGUCAUUUACACUGGAAGCUGCAGGGGAGAGAUUGGCAUCCAGGGUCCUCCAGCAGCCAGACUGGGCUUUUCCUACUCUCCCCAGGAAAGGGAUCGGGGUGUGAGCAUGUAUAGAUACUGCUGGGCUGGGGCCAUGGGGGGGGGUGUUCAAAAGACUCCCACCUGGCUCUCAGUCCUGCCCCCAGCUUGAGGCAGGGCCCAUUUUCAGGUUUGAGCAAUGUGAUGAAAUCAGUCCCUGUCAUGAUGAACACGCUCAUAGAGUGCACUUUGCAGAGUGCCCUGCAAAUGUUAGGUCAUUGGAUCCUCACAACAAUCUGCAAGUUGGGAGCCAUAAUUAUUCUCAUUUUAUAGCUGAAAAAACUGAGGCUGACAGCAUUUAAGGGAGCCUUGUCCAGUGUCACGCAGCUAGAAAAUGGCCCAAGGUGGGGUCUAGGCAGGGUCUCUCCUGCUAUCUGACCUUCUUGCCCUGGGCACCUCCUGUCUCUAAGGCAAUGCCUUCCUCAUUUUUAUCCUAAGGAAUAUUUGUUUUUCCACUUGAAGCCUUAGGUUUUAUAACUGGGGAAACCUUUCCCCUCCCCUCUCUUUAUCUGACAUCUCUCUUGCUCCCUAGAGAGCUGGAACUGAUGGGUUUUGGUCUCUUUACCCCCAUUGCCUUCUACACAUUUGUUAACAUUUAGUAAUUAUUAAUAGACAACAGGAUUUGUUGAUUUGGGUUCCUGUGCUUGUUAAUGAUUGGAUCCAGUCAGCCGACUUUGAUUCAGCUUCUAAAGAAGCAAUUGGAUGGCAUGUCAAUUCCUCUUGUUGCUAGCAUUUAUUUAGCACGUUAAGAUUGGGACAGCACUUUAUCCGUGUGAUCUCCUACUUUAGUUAUAUUUUUUCUGAUCUGUCGUUAUUUCUGCCCGGCAACUCAGUUCUUCCUGUACACACCCGCCCACCCUCUGAUAAGUAAACUUGUUAGGAUGUGGUCUUGCCAAUGACCAGAAGAGGGAGUGUUUAAUAUGGCUUUUUAUCGACACCUGCCAGUUUGGCCUAGUCACUUAGGCCAGGUCUGUGCAGACAGAUGGGCUUCGCAUUUUUUAAAAUAAAUGUAGUCAUUUCCUUCCAAGCUGGAUUGUCUCUAGCUUGUAACGGUAGUAUCUUUUUUUAAAAAAAGUGAAACUGUAUUGGUAAACAUGACUAAAUUGCAUCCAUUUUUCAGGUGUGUAAAGAGGGGGGGAAAAGAUUUGGGUAGUCAUUUUUGUCAUUUGAAAUACAGUAGAAUUCAAGCAAUAGGUCUCAAUUCUGUCCAUCUCACUUGAAAUACUUUAAUGGGGAACAGAGCCUCAUGUAAUUCACCUCUUAAGGAAAGGUGAAGGAAAGAUGUUAACUUGCCUCUAUUAUGUGAAAUUCAUGGCUGGAAACAUAAUUGUCUUUUUAAAGAAUUGUUUUAUGUUUUAUGGAACAACACAGGAUUUUUGUUCCUACUAGUAUAUGUGAUCUUUUUUCCAAUACCAUCUAGUCUGGACAUUAAGAUAAAAUGCUUUCUGGAAAGGUUUGUACAGACCAGAACUCCAACAGCUUCAGAGUGGCUUUUGUCUUUCAAAGAUCUCUUAAAUAAACAGAGGCCAUCCUGCCCUUCAUAUACUCAAACUCUUUUAAAAAAAGGGGGGGGGGUGAAGAAUAAGAUUAUUGGAUUGUUUUAAGUUCUGAGCAGACAAUAAACUCUUAAAGUGCCAGAUGGUGGUGUGUGAUGGGAAAUCUGCUGGGUCAAACUGAUGGCUGAAAUCAACAAGACAUGGAAGGAGGUUGGUAGGAAGAUCUGAAGCCAGAUUUUCAUGCAUCAUAAACCUUCUUUUGCAGCUACUUACUUGAAGAAAAAAAUUCAAAGGGUGACUGUUGAAUUCAUACUCCUGGAAGGUAUUAGGCAGCCUUCGGUGAAAGUAGAAGCGUUAAUAGGCCUGUCUGGGAUUGGAGCAUUGAAAUCUUCCAGUGGGUUUGUUUUUCUGGCACUUUUAUUUUGUAAGUGGUUGUGCCUUCAGUCUCUGCCAGUGUAUGUGAACACUCCGGGUCCCCUAGAUUAGGGUGAGGAAGGCCAGGCUUUGGGAUUCUCUAUUCCAUGAUGUGAACCACUGAGUGACUUGUUGAUCUUUUCCAAAGCCCACUGCAGCCAUAAUAAGGUUCUUCUGACCAGCACCUUGUGGAAAUUUCCAUUUCAUGUGAUUUGAAACUUGGCUCAGGGAGUUAAUUUUGUUCUUUUGGGGCAGUUCAUGGUAAGCCAUGUAAAACCUGUGGUCUUUGGGAGGGCCUUUGAGAAGAGAGCGUUGGGAUCAGCCAUCUCAUUAUCUCCGGACAUCCUGGGGAUCAGUACAAGGGCUUGGCACAAGGAGGGAUGUUAUUUGCCUGCCUUUGAGCAGUUGGGACAAUUCAAUGGGUUCCUUGGCCUACAGAAUGAUCUGCCUGGAAAUGUCCUUAGGUUAGCCCCCCUGACGCAGCUGAUGGCCUCAGGAGCUGCAGAGGGUGACUGGUUCGGUCCUCACAGCCAAGCCCUGGAGGCAUCCACCCCAUUUGACAGCCCAGGAAACAGGCAGUCAGAGGGCUUCCCAGUUCUUGGCUGCCUGGAUCCCUCAGUGAAGAAGGGGCGCUAUUCGCUGUCAGACAGUCUUAAAGAAGAGCCACAUAAUAGAGAUACUUGACAAAGCCAUUUUGGUCCUGAAGCUGCAGUUGCAGAGACUUCUUUCUCCCCCGUCUGAGGGUCACUUGGCCCGAGGACAGGAACGGUCAAGGUCUCCUAAGUGCCAAUUACAACUUGCACGGCCUCCUCCGGCCCUGAAGCCGCGCUGCGUCCCCUUUCUUGUCCUCUCCGGGCUCUCCUGUGCCAGCCACCCACCUGGCCCCGGGCCCCAAUCUCUUGGGAAGUGCCAAGUGUUGUGAAUGGGGAGGCUGGGAGGGCCUCCAUGACAGCAGAAGGACCUCGGGACCGCCUCAAGGCCCCAGCUGGAGAGCUAGGCCUCACUGUGUGCCUGCCAGCCCUUCUCUGCCCAUGCUGGGAGGCAAGAGUUUGUAGGUCCAUGGCCAGGCGGCCACAGAACAGUAGAGAGAAGAGCUUGGAAGGGGUUUCCUAAAGGCCUUGCCAUGUCCCUCAGAUCCUCCUUUGCUCUCCGGAUUCUCUCUGGCCCCUCCCUGUCUGGGCGCCCUGAGGGCUUUAGACCAGAGGCUGGCCAGGCUGUGGUUGGAGGGGCUUUCUGGUUGGGGGAGGUGGUGAGCGUGGGCUUGUCGGGCCUGUGCAUGCACUUGUGCACUCUUGUUUUAUUGUUUGGAAACCGGAAGAGCUCUGGCAGCCCUGAAUGCCGCCUGAACCUCCCUCAUUCCCUUUGGUAUGAGAUCAAGGGCCCGUGUUGGGGUGCUUGGCUUGGCGGGGCACGCCCCCAUACACACAUGGAUCCAUACAUGGACACACACGUGUACACAGUAACAGCAGCUGCCGCUUCCCGGAGCCUUCAAGUAUGCAGUGACAGGAGGCUGCCCGGUUAGAGAUGACAUGCCCACGGUCACUCCACGGGGAAGUGUCCCUGGCAACGCUGAGCUGCUUUACACAGUUAUUCCGACCUGAAACCUCCAGCUUUGGGGGUGGGGGGUGGGGAGAGUAGAUUCUUUACUCUGAGACGUGAUUUUUUUGCUAAAUGACGUGGGAAAAGUAUUUUUUGAACCCUUUACCUUCUGUCUUAGAAUCCAUGCUGUGUAUUAGUUCCAAGAAAACUGGUAAGGGCUAGGCCACAGGGUUAAGGGGCUUGUCCAGGGUCUCACAGCUAAAAAGUAUCUGAGGCCAGAUUGGAACCCAGAACCUCCGGCUCUGUGACAACAUGCAAGGUGGGGGUGACGGAGACUCCUGGAAGACAAGACUGGUAAGGUGUCUCAUGGAAUACUGCCUGCUGUGUACAACCCUCUUACCACCUUCGCCCAGUCAUUGGCCCCAUUUUACAGAGGGGGGACUUGGCUGAGGUUCCCUAGUGAGGAAGGACUUGCUGCUGGAUUAGAAGUCGGCUCCUGCUCUGUCCCCUGGGGGUUGGGGCCUGGCCUUGGGCUUAAGAGCCCUGUGACAGGAGAGAAGCCUGUUGGUGGGACCCAUCACUGUCCGGGUUCCAGAGAGGGACCCAGAGCUCAGAGGGCCCACGUGGAGGCUCAGGCUUCGGCCUCCUCUCACAGUGCCUCUUCAGGGUCGCCAAGAGCGCCAUCCAGAGAACACUGUCUCAGAGCUGGGCUGCCUGAGGUGACGAGACUGAGAUGGGACAGAGCCAGAGGCGCCGGGCUUCACCCAGAGAGCUGAGGAAAGGCCAUGUCUGUCAGUUUGGCAGAUGUCCAGCUGGGUGCCCCAAGGAGCCGUUGGGCCCUGGUGCUCGGCAGGCCUGUAGAGAUUCCCCCAGUGCACUGGAGCAGGGUGGAGGAGAACUCAUGGGAAUUGUCCAACGCCGCUCCUCCUCUGGGCGAAGGGAAGAUUUCUGGGCAUAGGUCGCUGGUGGCACAGUGGUUAGAGGGCUGGGCCUGCAGUCAGAAAGACCCGAGUUCAAAUGUGGCCUCAGCCAUAAGCAUUUGAUGACCGUGGGCAAGGUCUCUUAACCUGUUUGCCUCAGUUUCCUUCACUGUAAAAUGGGAACAAUAAGAGCAUCAGCCUCCCUGGAGCAGUGAAGAGUACCGAGAUCCUCUUUGUAAAGCACUUCCUAGACCUGAAAAGGCUCACCAGCCCUGUGACUGCCACCACACAUUCAGCCCCCUUUCCAGUUGUCCUUUGGCCAGCAGGAUUCUGCUCUCGGCCCCUUCUUUGGGCAAGGCUGGUGGCAGCCUGAGAAGAAACUAGGCACGGAGCUCCCCUUGGAGUUUCCCUUCCUCCCCUUGGUUGAGUUUGGUGACUCGAGGAGGCCCUUGGGUCAGUGAUGUCCUGCAGAGGGAGAGAGAAGAAAGCCACAGCCCCGGCUCUGCCAGAGCUUUCGCCCUCUCUUCGUGGUCUUAAGCUCCUUGGCUUUUGAGAGGGAUUAGGAAGGGGAUGGGACAGGGCAUGCCUCCGGCCUGGGCGUGUCAGCCCCCCCCAGGGGCCCCAGGCCCUGAGAUUGGGGGCCUUUUUUGGUGCCGGAAGUAUUUGCUCAGCCUCUUUCUUCUGCCCUGCCUUGUCUUGGGAACAAGAAUUCCCAGGUUUAGGUGGAUAAGAAAGGAUCUGUGAUUGCCGGAGGGGAGUCUUCCAGAGGGAGAGAGGAGAGGCCCAGGCCGGCGGAGCAGGCCUCCCACGGACCUUUGGAUGGGGACACCAAAACGAAGUUCUCCAGGGGAAGAGGAGGCUGCCAGAAUUUCCCAUCACCCCGAGGGAGGGGAGGAAGUGUUGCUGGUCCGCUUUCUGUGGCUGGAAAAAUACCAAGCCCAGAAGCAGGUGCGGGUUAUUCCCAGAACGUGUGCCCAGGCCGGGGCUGGUCCUUUUUUCUUCCUAGGAAAAAAUGAAAAGGUUUACCCCAGAUGCUGCCGCCUCCUGGACAGUGAGACGCCCCUUUAAAGGCAGCAGCCCUGUGGAAGGGAGGUGUGCACGCGGGGCCCGCCGCCUCUCCCCUGCACACCACCUCCGGGGUAUUCCUAGACUUGAGCCUGCCAGGAAUGGAUCUCCCACGUUGCUUUGGAGCCUGCCUUGGGGAGUCGGGAUCACUUUCCAUCGGCCAGGACUCGUGGCUGACCAUAUUAGAUCAAUGAGACUCCACCUCCUGCUUCUGUUGAUCUGCCAGGACCUUUGUAAUUCAAGUGCUCCUACUGUAGUAGCAAACGUUACAUAAGCCCAAACAUGGAGCGUCCUGGGAGGCGCUGGGCAGCCCCGAGGGGGCCCGCAGGCCGGGCCGCCGGCCCUGAAUGGAAGCGGUGAAGCCAGAGCCCUCCCGGAGCAGCCCCUGCCCUGGCCGAGCAGGCGCCGAGCGCUGGCUAAGUUUUCUUGUGCCGUUGUCAGAGGCUGGACUUGGCCGGGUGCCCAGCUCUGCAUGGAGCCUGCUGCCGGAGAGAGAAGACACAGCUCCUCCAACAAGACACCUCUGACAGCGUCAUCCUCUUCCAUGUAUUCCUUCUUUUCUUCUCUGUCAAAAAGCAAAGGUAACAGCAGCGCAGGAGUGAGCAGCCGUGCGUGCGGCGGAGGAGUUCUUGGUGCGCCCUCGUCCAAUUCCAGGUUGUUGAAGCCACCCAAAGACAAGCCACAGCUCAGUGGAAAUAGUAGGCCCAUGCAGCCCAUGCAGCACGGCCGAAUUCCCCAUGACAAAAUCUUGACCCCUUCAAUCAAGGUGGAAAAGAUCCCCCCAAAGAUGGACGGGGCACUACUGAAAACUGCUCUCGGUUCGGCUGGCUCUGCUGCUCUGAGUUCCUCCAUCAAGACUGGCCUUAAUUGUCCCUCAAUACCAAAGCCACCCUUGCCUUCCCCUGGACAGAUACUGAAUGGUCAAGGUCUUCUUCCUACCCCUCCAAUUUUGGAAAAGAAGCCAGAAGAUAAUUCAAAUAAUAGGAAAUUUUUACAUAAGAGAUUAUCAGAGAGAGAGUUUGAUCCUGACAUAUAUUGUGGUGUCAUUGAUGUGGAAACCAAGAAGCCCUGCACUAGGUCUUUGACAUGCAAGACACAUUCCUUAACCCAGCGGAGGGCCGUCCAGGGCCGCAGAAAGCGCUUCGACGUGCUGCUGGCCGAGCACAAAAACAAAACCAGGGAAAAGGAGCUGCUCCGCCAUUGUGAGCUGCCGCCGCCGCCGCCACCGCCGCCGCUCCCCCUCCUCAGGGAACCCCAGGCCUCGCCUUCCAGGUCACUCCCGGAGCCGCCCCACAGCUCUCUCGGGGGGACGCCCGCCGAGCCCCGGCCGCUCGUCUCCAGCAAACCCAGACCUCACCAGCCCAGUCUUCCAAGGCCUCCGGGCUGCCCAUCCCUGCCCAGUGGGAACGCACCCUCCGAUUCUCCGGCCGCUAACGAGUCUCCGCACCCUCCCCUGCCUUCAACUGAGCCAGCAUCUCGGGGAUCCAGCGACGAGGGAGAAGGCGAUGAAAAGGAAGAAUCUGUGGAAAAACUGGAUUGUCAUUACUCAGCCCAUCAUCCUCAGCCAGCAUCCUUUUGCACUUUUGGGAGCCGACAGAUCGGAAGGGGCUAUUUCGUCUUUGAUAAGAGGUGGAACCACAUCCGAUGUGCCCUUAACCUUAUGGUGGACAAGCAUCUUAAUUCCCAAAUGUGGAAGAAAAUCCCUCCAGCUCCUGGUCAUUCGGUGUCGGCGCGCGUUCCCCAGCGGACAAAUCCGGGGCCCUUGUCCCCGUAUGGCGCGAGCCCCCCGGCCUCCGCCGCCUCCUGCACAGCCUCGCCAUCGCCAGUGUUGCUUUCGCCCUCCUGCCUCCCCUUGAAUAGCAAAGCUGCGCCGGCCCACGGAACCACACUCAACGCGCCCCCGGCCCCCGGGGACCCCCGACAGGCGUCCUCGGCCCCGCUGACCCCAGCAGGGGCGGCGCUUUCCUCUGUACCUUCCCCAGGCUGCGGAAGGCCUCCCAAAAUGAAAUCCAGCAAGUCCUUGAAGCUAAAGGAGCCUCCAGCAAACAGCUCCUUCUGUAUCAGCCCCGGGGCUGGGGGCGGGGGCGGGGGCUGCGGCAGCUCAGGAUCAGGAAAGAAACGGAAAACCAGCCCCCCCUUGGCCGCCCACCCCGCCUCCUCCUCUUCUCCUCAUUCCAUGGACUCACUUAGGAAAAACUGCGUGGCCAACCCCGCCAACUGCGGGCCUGCCCACCCCUCCCCCAUGGCGUCACCCCCCACCGUGGGCCUCAACUGCCUGAGCAACAGGGCCUACGCAGCGGGCGUCAGGCACGACCAAGCGGGGAGGGGCCCCCUGGCGGCCAGCCCGGCCGAGUCUAUCAAGAGGAUGAGCGUGAUGGUCAACAGCGGCGACUCCACACUGUCCCUGGGCCCCUUCGUGCACUCGCCCGGCGAGCUCGUCAUGGCCGCCAGCAGCGCGCACGCCUUUCCCCACGCCCACCACCCCCCGCCCCCUCUGGACAAGCUCCUGGGCAAGAAGAGGAAGGGCUCCCCUGGCGGCGCAGCCGUGCAGCACAGCGGCCAGGCCGGCAAGGUCGCCAAACUGCCGCCGGUGAACAGCGUGAAGCACCCCGGCCCCCUCCCGGCGCCGCCAGGGCUGGCCAGCAGCGCUCUUCUUCACCAGGUAAGGGAGGACCCCGUGAGUUGGGGGAAGGCCUGCCGGGCCGCCUCCUGGGCCCCUUGGGCAGCCUCUUCCGGGUGGUUCUAGAUGCGGCCUGGAUGCUGACCGGACAGGGUGCAGACUCUGGGAGGAGCCUUUGGUGUGACUGAGGCCCGCAGUGGCCUAACGCGCCCGGAAGGGCUGGGCCUACAGGCAGCUGGGCCCCUCCUGGCCGGAACCAGAUCGCCGGGACGAUAAAGGGCUUUUCAGGGUUCUGUGUCCCACCCGGACUUGCCUGGGUUUCAGAGGUGCCAUCCUGCCCCUCCCCAGCCCACCUCGGGGGCAUGUGCUGGAAGGCUGGUGUGGGGUCUGUCCGGACCCUCCUGGGAUGGUGACCCCCAGGGGUCAGUCUUACACUUCUCAGCCCGCCUCAGCAUGUUCCCAUCUUCAUGUGCUGCGGGAAGGGCCGGGAGCUGGAGCCCAGGAGAAGCCAGGGGCUGGCUGGCCUGAAAUCCCUUGUUCCACGGGGAGCCUUCUCCAGGGCAGGCCGGGGCUCCCCUCUCCUCUGCAGGGAGCACCCAGGACGGCCCCCACCGGGGCUGGGGCCGCUCCUUGCUGGCUAACCCCCCUUCUCCCUUUGUGUCUCCCUCCCAAGCCCAAGGCGCGGCCCUGACCGAGCGAGGGAGCAGGAACUGGACAGCCCUCUAGUCAGACCUCCGCCGGCCCUCUGGAUCCACGCACGCUGCCUUUGACUUGACCCCAGCUUCCUGGGUCCUCAGGUGUAGCAUCUGCUGGACUGUCUGUCCUUUCCGAAAGGAAUUCCCUGAAGCCUUGUCUGUAGCGGCGUCCGGCCACACCGUUGCUUUGGUCAGUGUUAAACGUGGCCUGGCCGCUCGCUGCGACUCUGUAAGACGUUUGACUUGCAGGAAGACGUCCUGUUGCCUCUCAGAUCCGGCCGGGCCGGGCCACGAGGGGGGCAGAGCGUUCCGCGGGCUUCCUUCCCCCCUCAGAACUCCCCAGGCCAGGAGGCCCCUCUGGGAGGGACUGGGACCCCCAGAAGGGAACGUGGCUUUCUUGUUGCGGCCCAAGACUAGGGACAAUCACCCCACCCAGCAGAACCCAACAGGCCAUCGGCCAGCCUUUGCAAGUCCUUUGGGGUCAGGAGCUGUCCGGGGAGUGUCCCUUUUAAACUAAGCCAUCGAUGCCCAGAAAGCAAGUUAAAAGAUCUUGGAGGAGUUCUUUUCAUGGUACAAAAGCAAUUCUGUGUGCUUUUUAAUAAGAUGCAACUGAAAAGGAAGAGAAAAAUGCUAACUCGUUCUGAUAGAGGAAAGCCAAAUGAAAAAAAUCACUGUAGGGGGAAAACCCUAUGCCGAGAUUUCCAAAGAAAUGUAAUUUCUUUCACAAGGGUAUUCCAUAGAGUCUUCACGUUGAAACAGCAUAUCAAAGUAGGUUGAUUAUACCUUCUAGCCUCGUUCUAUUUUCUAAAAAUUGCCUUUUUAAGAUGAAAUUAAUAGGAUACCACAGAAGCGAACAUUCAUAUUUUUAAUGUUUUGGGAGGCGAGACGGGUUCUCCUCAGUCUUCUCUGAAUACCGUAACAGAAAUCAGUUCCGAACAUCAGCUUGACCCAACCCUGUUUGUUCCACCCCCUUUAUGUCACUCAAGAGAAUUCAUUGGUUGGAUUUGGGGGUGGGGAGCCCCCCUCGCUUCUCCAGGAUCUCUGCUUCCUGGGACGCUUCCCACCCCAGUGAAGUCUCUAAAGGGCUUGAUGGCGCCGCUGGCCACUUAGCCUGUGGGGAGCCCCCGGCUGCACUCCGCAGCUCUCCCCCGCCCCAGCCCCUUUUCUUCCCACUCUUGGGUCAUAAACGACCAUUUCAGGGAACUCUGAAGUCCACCAACUAUCACCCCAAAGCGCAGGUGGUCAGCGGCCUGAUGACAUCGUGCGCCCAGCCUCAUCCUCCAAAGCCCUGAGCUCUGGACCAGAGCCGGCCCGUGUGAGGGGGGAGGGACACCGUCGUUUCUUAUGCAAACAGUCACCAAAUGUUUUUAGGACAAAAUAGGGGAACUGAGGCAGGUGCACCUGGGGAAGCUGCAGAACCCAGAAUGAAUAGAAAGAGUCGCCGACCUCCAGAGCUCCUCCAGGCUUGGGGCUGCGUCUCAUCUCCCCAAGUGAGAGGCCUAGUGCCCCAAAUGACCGAGGCCACUUCCACGCUGCCUCCGAGGCCGGCCCCCCAAAAGGGCGACUUCACGGCCAAGAAGGGAGCGAGGCCCACAGAGUCCGUUCAAAGUGAUAGAAUUUGUCAGAGAUUAUGUUACUCUAAAAAAAGAAGUCAGUACCAAGGCUACCUGCUGGCAAGUCAGAGCUAAUUCCGAAUAAUGUAGAUAUUUAGAAUAGCAAGUGUUGAUCAUUUGGAUUUCUUUUAGAUUGGGGUUUUUAAUUCCAUUUUCAUUAUGUCUCCUGGUAGUGCAUACAUAAACCAUCGGGAUUAGGAAAUUAGCCAUUUUGAAACCUGCCUGCCACAAACAGACCUGCUCACACAGUGCUAUGGCAUUGGAGACUGGUGGGUUGUUUUUUUCUUGGAAUUUUUAUUUUCUCCUACAAUUAUUUUAGUACUCUAAAUAAUUAAGGUAAUUUAAAACAGUAGCACAAGUACUUUUCGGAUUAAAUUAACUUGCAAAACCAAAUUUGCAGUGGUUGGGUUGUUUCUAGACAGAUUUUGGUAUUAAUUUAAAACCAAGACAAUUUUUAUAUUCUUUCCAUAGAAUUUCAUGAUGACAACUCCUGCAGUUUUCUUAACCUAUUUAAAAAAAAUUGCUGCAAUGAUGAACAAAGAAUUAUACAAAACCUACUUUUGUAUCUUUAUUUUGGAAUUUCUUGUUCUAUUAUAAAUAUUGAAGUAUCCCUAUUUCAGAAAACAUAUUUUGUUAAAAUUGAUUGUACAUAUUUAAAUAUGUAUUUUUGCACAGGUCUUUUUUUCUUAUAUCCAGUUUUGGUACAAUUGAGAUCAUCUAGUAUUUAUUUAUUAAUUAAUAAAAAAGAAAAUACCUUUUUCUAAUUUGAAGUGGUUCACUGCCAAGCCAAUAGUCCUAGAACUUGCCUACUUUACAAUUUAAGGGAUGCCUCUGUUUCGUGAAAGUCUAUGUCCCUUUGAAUGUCUUGGGAGUGGAUUCAUAGAGAUCAACUGGGCAUUGCUUCUAUUAAAUUGUCUAAUUCCCCAGAAGACUACAUUCAGUUAAGUGACGCACUGCUUCUCCUUUGUUUGUGUUUUGUGGGUGUCUGUGCACUCAGAGAGAGUGUGUGUGUGUGUGUAUCUAUGUGCAUGUGUGUGUGAGUGUAAGCCACUAGUAUGUUGUGGUUUAAAACUAAUGGAAAAAAAAUACCUGAAAAGUGCCUGAUAACUAGUUUAAGCUUGGACUGUGUAGACAGAUUCUCCUUUAAAAGACUUGAAUGUUAAGUUGAUUUUUCUUUCUUUUCUUGGGGGGAGGGGGGCUUGCUUUUUCCACUUAACAUUUCCAAAUUUUAGGGGAGGAAUUAAAAAACAUUACCUAAGCUGGUAACUGGAUAAAGUAUUUUGAAAUGAGAUUUUUUGGGGGUUUAAAACAGUCCUGGUGGGUGAUGAAGUGUCCCACAAUGCCAAGAAUUGGAAUCUUUUUUCUGCCAGCAGUUUUAUAAGACAUGUCUCAUUUUGUUAAUUUACUCAUAAAAUGCAGAAUUUAAAAUAGAAUAUGUAAAAUAUUUUGUACUCCAAAAAUCUAACAAAAAGAAGUACCUCUGAGAACAUUGAAGGAAAAACAUGAUCUGAGAAGUGUAACUGAAGGCCACAGUCUUCCUCUAAGAGUUCUCUUGCCAAGGGGCGUCCCUGCUGUCUCUCCUCCUGCCCCAGGGAAAGAGUUGGACUAGAGAUGAUUGUUAAAGGGUUUGCUCUUUAGCAGAGAAUAAUCAUUUUGACCUUUUGUGCAAAACAUGUUAUGUUUUCAGAUCAUUUCCAAUGAGCACUACGCGCUGUCGAUGUGAAUGUAGGGCCUGGAAAGCAUCUUGCUCGGUUUUGAGCCUGGUUCUAAAAGCAAUCUCCCGUGUAAAGUGUGUGACUAGUUUGAUCAUUUGUACACAAGACAAAGAGCAUCUCAGCUGGACUUUGGGUUGGCUGCUGUAUAGUACAUGAACAAAUGUCAUGGGAUAGAAAAUUACUUUGGAUAUUUAAAAGAAAAGAAAUAUAUAGUCUAUUUGUUUUGUAACAAGUUUCUGUAAAUAAAAUAAUUUAUACUAUUUAUAAGAAAAAGUUGUGCUUUGCUUUAUGAAAAAUUAGUUUGUGGAACAAACCUGUUACUAAACCAGGCAAUAAAAUGAGGACUUCUCAAUAAACAAGGUUGGUUACAUGAAAUACA